UCUUCACGUAAAUAUUUUUGACGUGCAUCCCAUUGAGAGUUUAAUUGUUUGCAUGUAGGUAUUUUAGAUUUGCUAAAUCAUUGUUUUGUUACUUAUUUGGACUGUACCUGUGUUUAUCGCCCUGUCCGCACAACCCUGUGUUGAACUUGGAGCACCGGAUAUACCAUGUGUACGCCUCUGGUUUAUGAUACAACAUCCAGAGUGGUAUUCUGACAUCCCUGGCAUGAGUGUUGUAUGUUGCAUUUUCUAGGGUACCGCCUGAAAUGAGUCGCUUCAUUGCAAGCCACCACAGCAAGGCCAGAUGUCAUCAGUGUUUAACUGAAACCGAACGGCUCCGUAUCAGGAUCUAGCGGAAUGCUGGCUGGCCUAGCUGGAGAUAUUGGUAUCGUAGUUGAUCGCAGGUCCCUGGUGUGUGUCGGUGGAUGAUGUGGGACUGUGCUCCAUAGGAAGGGCAUUGUUACAGGGACUCCAUGAAGCCUGGGGCUCGCUGUCCUUGCCCAUGCCUGUGAUCCCCAUCCCUCGACGGGUGCGCUCGUUCCAUGGGCCCCACACCACUUGCCUGCACUCUGCCUGCGGGCCAGUGCGCACCACUCAGCUUGUGCGCACCAAGUACAACAACUUUGACUUGUACCUGAAGUCACGCUGGAUGUAUGGCUUCAUUCGUUUCCUCCUCUACUUCAGUUGCAGUCUCUUCACCUCUGUACUGUGGGUGGCGCUUUCUGCCCUCUUCUGCCUGCAAUAUGUAGGCAUCAGGGUCUUCCUGCGCUGCCAGUACAAGCUCUCCAUUGUCCUGCUGCUCCUGGGCCGUCGCCGACUGGACUUCAGCCUGCUCAAUGAACUCUUCAUCUAUGGUAUCCACGUCACCAUGCUGCUGGUUGGAGGUCUGGGCUGGUGCUUCAUGGUCUUUGUGGACAUGUAGCUGAGCAUCACAUUGACAGACUUGCUUUACACUGCAUAUCACAAAUGUCUCGCACUCGCUCUCUUUCUCUCCAACACAUUAUGUAUAUGUGUGUGUAGGGGAGUUUUCCUUUCCUUGAUUUAUUUAUUUGUAAUAGAAUUUCUUACAAAUGUUGCAUGUGUGAAGUUCAGAUUAAACAAACAUUUAUCUUU